GAUUAAAAAAGAAGAAAAGAAGUGAAGUGGACUCCUAAUUUUCCUCGGUGACACCUAUCUAGAAAUUUUAACCAGCCUCUCCUGAUACCACAGCACUAAUUUAUUGUCCAGUUGUUUCUGCUUUCUGCACGAAGCUUUAAACUGGAGGCGCCUUCUAACUUUGAGAUUGAUUAGGGGCGUGAUCUGAGAAAUGGCAGAGGAAUUGAAGAAAGUGGAGCAGUUGCGGCCGGGCACAAGUGGGCAUACACUGCUAGUAAAAGUUGUAGAUGCAAAGACCGUUUUGCAGAAGGGAAGGUCAGAGGGGCCGCAGGGCCGUCAAAUGCGUCUCUCUGAAUGCCUCGUUGGAGAUGACACCGCCAUCAUUGUAUUCAUUGCCAGAGGUGAUCAAGUGGAAUUGAUGAAGCCUGGAGCAACAGUAAUACUACGGAAUGCCAAAAUUGACAUGUUUCGAGGGUCUAUGAGGCUGUCAGUUGAUAGAUGGGGACAGAUUGAACCGACUGGAGAUGCUAAUUUUGAACUAAAGGAAGAUAAUAAUUUAUCUCUGAUAGAAUUUGAGGUUAUCACUGUUGUUGAUUGAAUUGUUAUUGAUGUUAUAAUUUGGAUUUGUUUUGUCAACAACUUUGGUUUUACUAGGAGUACAAGCAUAUGGCAUGAAAAUUGUAGUCCUGCCUACUUUGAGCACCUUCCUUUGUUUUAUCUUUGCUCUUAUGUUGGGGCACACAUGUACACUUUCUUUCCGAAGUAUUUAUCAACUUAGAAAAUUUUGUCAUUGUUCAUACCUUCGUCAUGGUAUAAGUAAUUUAUUUUAGCAUGCCAGAACAUAUAUUUAACUGAGAUUGGUCCUGGCGUGAAGCCUAUUUAAAAAGAUAUUCCUGUAAAGGUCAUGAACUUGCCUUUGCUUUAAUCUUCUCAACGAAUUGUAAAUGCUUGUUUUUGCUUCCA